AUGGAUAACAAGAAUCGCUUGCACCCAAAUCCACCUGAUGUGGAUGUUGCUCCAUGUGCGCCUCCAUCGUACGAAUACAAUGCCAACUAUCAUCAACAGCAGCCAGCGUCUUGUUCUCCAUCCGCAUCAUCCUAUCAGCAUCACAGCAGCAUGAUGAUGCCCAGUGCUCCGCCAAGCAUCCCGCCAAGUCAGCAACAUUUUACAUAUGGCUCCGUGCAGCCGCAACCAAGUCUUUGCCAUCCGUAUGCUCUCUAUCAACAACAACAUCAACACCAACAAUCAUAUCAAGAGCCUCCUCAGCACUAUCGAUACAUUAUUUCAAGUCGAGAUCGAGGAGAUCGUCACUUUCCUGUGAACGCAGCACUGUUUGUUCUGGGAUGGUUAUUCCCUCCACUAUGUACUGAGCUUGAUUGCAUUCACGCUGUUUACCAUCUUCUUGACUCUACUCAUGUUGGAAGAACGAGAUAA